UCACUCAAGUUCAUAACAAUAUCAUGCCCGUUGCUGUUUAUCAGUUCUCAGGGACCAGAGCGGCGAUAAUGACGAGGGUUUACGGGAAGUUCUGCAGCCGACACAGCGAGGCCGUAAACAUCUACAAGGAGCUGCACUCCAAAGACAAACGCUUCCAGGCCUUCAUCAGGAAGAAGAUGAGUAGCAGUAUCGUCCGGAGGCUAGGUAUCCCAGAGUGCAUUCUGUUAGUCACCCAGAGGAUCACCAAGUACCUCCUGAUGCAGAGAAUACUACAUCACACCAAAGAGAAUGAGGAAGACCAUGAGGACCUGAGUGAUGCUCUAUACCAGGUCAAGGAGGUCAUCACUGCAGUGGACAGCAAGGUGAACGAGCAUGAGAAGAAGAGGAGGCUGAAGGACAUCUACAGCCGGACAGACAGCAAGUCAAUUAUGAGGAUGAAGAGCGGUCAGAUGUUUGCUAGAGAGGACCUGCUCAGAGGGAGAAGAUUGCUGUAUGAUGGUCCUCUGCAGCUGAAGACCUCACAGGGGAAACUCAAGGAUGUAACGGCCAUGCUUCUCUCUGAUAUCGUCGUCUUCCUACAGGAGAAAGACCAGAAAUUCGUCUUUGCCUCUCUGGACCAGCGCUCCACGGUCCUCUCCCUCCAGAAGCUGAUCGUUAGAGAAGUGGCCAACGAGGAGAAGGGUCUCUUCCUGAUAACAGCAGGGAUGGAGAAACCAGAGAUGGUGGAGGUACACACUGCAACCAAGGAGGAACGCAACACCUGGAUGCAAAUCAUACAGGAGGCCAUGCAGUCCAUAGAGAAAGAUGAGGAUGAGGAGAACCCCAGUGAAACAGAGGAGGACAAGAGACUGCUGGAGACCAAAGCUAAGGAGAUGAGAGAGAUGCUGAGGAAGAAGGAUGAGCAGAUCAUGUGUAUGCUGGAGGAGAAGAUGGCCGUGUUUAGGGAGAUGUGUGAGGUCCGGAGCCCUGGAACCCCCCCAGGAACAGGCCCAGGAGAGGACCAGGGCCCCAGCCAGGUCACCAGGGCCAAGGGGCUGUUCAGGGCUGGGAGCGGAGCAGGCUCUGAGGACAUACCUAAAGGAGAACCCAUCAUAAAGGGAGCACUACAGGAAGUGGAGACAUUGCAGGCGCUGGUGAACGGUACGCUGGGAGGAGCGAUGGGGGGGCAGCAGGUGGUGUGGGUCUCAGAGACAGGAGGAGUGGUGGGCCCGGGCCCUGUAUGCCUCCUUCGCAGGGCCGAGACCUUCGGAGGCUUUGACUCUCAGCAGAUACACAUCUCUAAGAAUGGGGACAAAGAAGAGGGAGAGGACAGAGCAGACCUUCGCAGGACAGAGUCAGAUGGUGUACUGAAGAAGGGGGAGAAUGCGACCAUGAUGCUGUUACUGAAGAGGAACACUGAGCAGGUCCUCCACAGUGUGAGCCACAUCCAUGACCUGCUCAGCACCCUGCAGGCAGUGGUCGUCCAGCAGGACAGCUUCAUUGAGGAUCAGCGCCAGGCUCUCACCAACCGCCCCGAACGCCUCACCUCCUUCUUCUCCUCCCGUCCCUCCUCCCGUCCCUCCUCCCGCCACAACUCCCUGAUCGAGCAGGAGAAACAGCGCAGCCUGGAGAAACACAGGCAGGAGACGGCCGCGCUGCAGCGUCAGCAGGCCACACACGACCAGGAGAAGAGGAGGAGGGAGAGGGAGUGGGAGGUGCGGGAGCAGCAGCUGACAGACAGGGAGGUGCAGCUCCUGGUACAGGAAGAGGAGACGGGGAGGAGGAGCAGGGAUCUAGUUACGGAGAGGGUGGAGCUACAAAGGAAGAAGAAGGACUAUCUGAUAGAUCUAGAGAGACUGAGAGACGCUCAGGGGAAACUAGAUCGAGACAGAGAAAACAUACUCAGAGAAAUGGAGAAUGUAGAACACAUGAGAAUGGCUAAGAGGUGGAUACAGAGAACUCCCUCCUCUACCUCAGACGACUCCCCCCACUUCCCCUCCUCUACCUCCCUGGACAAAGACCCAAUGGACCCGACUGAGCUAUCCUCCUCUCCCAGGAAAGAAUCCCUGACCUCGUCAAAAGGGAAGAGCCGAAACCCGUUCUCCGAGGCCCCAGCCCUAAUGGCCCCUAGUGGAGACAGUCAGAACAGGAUACCGAACAGACUGCUGCAGCUGGCUAAAGACAGAAGCAAGAACAAGAAGGACAUGAAGAAGAAGGAACAGGGUACACAGUCACCAGAUAUCCAGCACCUAGAGCCUCCUCUAGAUGGAGAGAUCUACUUCUGCUGAGGAGACCCCUCUGCAUCUCCUGUCAAUGCAACGUCCCUCUCAUCAGCUGAAUGGAAGGCCAAGUUGCCAAAGUGCCCCCAUCGUCAAACCCUCUAAGUCCUCACAAACACUCCCAACUGACACACAAUAGGAAGUGGAAGGUCUCUCAUCAUGUGAGUCAUAAGCUCCAGCUGCAAUGUUCUGUCUCAGUGCUCACUACAGAUUGGCUCCUGACUGUCACCUGCUAAAAAAAUAUAACAAUAAGGACACUGCUUCUAUGUUAGAUACUGUAGGUUAAAGAUUGUCUAUAACAAUAAGGAAACUGCUUCUAUGUUAGAUACUGUAGGUUAAAGAUUGUCUAUAACAGUAAGGACACUGCUUCUAUGUUAGAUACUGUAGGUUAAAGAUUGUCUACAACAAUAAGGAAACUGUUUCUAUGUUAGAUACUGUAGGUUAAAGAUUGUCUAUAACAAUAAGGACACUGCUUCUAUGUUAGAUACUGUAGGUUAAAGAUUGUCUAUAACAGUAAGGAAACUGUUUCUAUGUUAGAUACUGUAGGUUAAAGAUUGUCUACAACAGUAAGGAAACUGUUUCUAUGUUAGAUACUGUAGGUUAAAGAUUGUCUACAACAAUAAGGAAACUGCUUCUAUGUUAGAUACUGUGCUCCUGAUGUGUUUGACAUGUUGCAAUAAUCUCAAUACAUUUUACAUUUGAUGCUA